AUGUCGUUCAGUGAUCAGAGUGUGUUGAAUAUGGGUGCGUCCAGCGACGCGAUAGAUGCUCAGAGCGAGGGUGACAAUCGUGGAGGUUCUUCGUCGUACAACAAGUUGCUAUCGACUGUGAUUCCUCUGCUCAUCAUCGCCAUACCCAUGGUAUUGGCAUUUUUGUAUCUCCGACAGAAACAGCGUCGCAUAUAUGCUCCGCGAACAUUUUUGAACACCUUGGAAGAUGAAGAAAAAACACCCAGACCAGCAUAUGGCAUGUUCGACUGGAUAUCUGCCUUUAGCAAACUUCCAGACCAAUUUGUCUUGAACCACCAGACAUUGGACAACUACCUCUUCAUACGCUACUUCCGCAUGCUCACUUACAUAUGUCUUGUGGGAACAAUCAUCACUUGGGUCUUCCUACUUCGUGUCAACUACAGUGGCGGCGGUGACCAGUCUGAGCUUGAUAUGUUCACGUUCAGCAACGUUACAGAUCCUAGCAAAUUCUACUGGCAUGCAGGAUGUGCAUAUUUCUUCCUUGGAUUCGUCAUGUUUGUCAUCACCAAGGAGACUCUGUACUAUGUCAAUCUGCGCCAAGCAUAUCUCACCACUCCCCGUAAUGCUACUCGCAUCUCUACUCGUGUCGUGCUCUUCACGGGAGUGCCAGAAGAUAUGCGCCACGAGAGGUGGAUCAAGGCCGACUUCUAUGGUGUCAAGCGUGUUUGGCUGGCCACAGACUGCACUGAACUCGAGAGUCUUGUCGACAACAUGAACGAUACGGCUAUGUCGCUGGAAGAGGCAGAGAUCAAGCUGUCCACCAUUGCCACCAAGAAACAUCUAAAGGGGGAGAAGCAUUUCGCCGACGACCCUGAGAGAGCUGGUACUGCUACUCAGCAGUGGGUCGCUCCUAAAGAGAGACCUUCGAAGCGCAUUGCAUUGGUCGGCAGAAAGCAAGAUGCCAUCCACAUGUACCGCGAGCAGCUGCAGACAGCCAUCCCAAAGGUUCAGGCUCUCCAGAAACGCCAUGUACAAGGUUAUGAGAAACUCCUCCCUGCAGUGUUUGUCGAGUUCGAGACGCAACGCGCUGCACAACUUGCCUACUCGGAUCCUUUCUGGAAGCAGCCAGGCAAGAUGGAGGCAUCAACGAUUGGCCUCGCAAGUCCAAAGGAGAUCGUAUGGAUCAACUUGGCAAUGGGUAAGCCUGAGCGCUGGACUCGCACAUUAAUAGCGAACGCGGUCAUCGUCCUCUUGAUUGUGUUUUGGUCAGUACCCGUGGGCCUUGUUGGUUCACUUGCAGACAUCGACAACCUCUCCAAGAACUUCCCUCCUCUUGGAUUCGUUAACAAGCUUUCUCCUGGGGCGAAGGGCGCUAUAGGAGGUCUUCUCCCUACUCUGUUGAUCUCUGCUAUCCUGGCUCUGGUGCCUAUCAUCUGUCGCUUCAUUGCCAGAAAAGCUGGAUCUAUCACGCUUGCUCAGAUUGAGCUCCGUACACAAGGCUGGUACUUUGCCUUCCAGGUUGUACAGGUGUUCCUCAUUACAACCUUCAGUUCAGGCGCCUCGACCGUUGCUAAAGAAAUCUGGAACGACCCUGCCCAGGCUCCUACUCUACUUGCCGACAAUCUGCCUACCGCUUCCACUUUCUACUUAUCCUUCUUCAUUCUGCAAGGUGUUGCUGUCACUGCCUCGACGAUAUUUCAAAUCGUGCCGUUCCUCAUGUUUAAUAUCUUGUCGCCCUUCUUGGACACGACACCUCGCAGAAAGUUCGAGAGGUUCAUCACGCUCACGGGACUGAGCUGGGGAGAUACUUAUCCCAAGUUCACCUUAUUUGCUGUUAUCGCAAUCUCCUACUCUUGCAUUGCUCCGUUGGUCCUCGGGUUUGCUCUGCUCGGCAUCUUCUUCCUCUACCUCGCCUUUCGCUACAACGUCUUCUACGUCCUGACCAUGGCCGUAGACACCAAGGGUGAUGCCUACGGUCGCGCCCUCCAACAUCUAAGCGUCGGCGUCUACCUCUCGGAGAUCUGUCUCAUCGGCCUCAUGAGCGCCCGCGAAGCCACCGGUCCCGCGAAAUUGAUGCUGUUACUUUUAAUCUUCACCCUCAUCUACCAAACCUAUCUCAACGCUGUCCUGGCACCCCUCUCAAAUUCGCUAAACGACGAAUUGAUGGCCGAAAAUGAAGAAGAAGCACUCGCACAAGCGAGUGAAGAUGGCGCAACCCCUCCAAUCGAUAUCCACGCAGGCGAAACAGUACAACCAAAAACCACAUCCCCGUACUCUCAAAAUGCCACAACCAAUGCCUUUAUCUCACACUUCAAGCGUGGAGGGCUUUUUGCUCCUUUCCUCUUCAACGGUAACAAGUCAAGUUAUCCUGCUCUACGCCGUCAACUCUGGGAUUCCUUUCCUGGAAAACCUGCUCCUAGUAUCCCAGAGGAGGUGCUGGAACAUGCAUACCAUCAUCCUGCUAUCACGGCAACACCACCGACUCUUUGGAUCGUCAGGGACGAAGUAGGCGUUUCUGCACAAGAAAUCAAAGAAACUGAAAAGGUCAUCGAGAUCUCGGAUGAGGGGGCUAGAUUCGAUGAAAAGGGCAAAAUCGUAUGGGAUGAGGAUGAUGUGAGAAAAGCUCCCAUUUGGAAAGACAGAGUCGAAUAUUGA